AUGAGGAAAGGCCCCCAUCCCACCCCAGCUGGGAGUGAUGUUGAAUUCUGGGAAAACCCAGUGCCAGGUACCCAUGAUCUGCUCACUGCAUUCUCAGAUGUACAUUGCCAACGAUUCCGGCAGCUCCGCUACCAUGAGGCCAAUGGACCCCGAGAUGCAUGCAGCCAGCUCCAUCACCUUUGCAGCCAGUGGCUGAAGCCGGAGAGGAGCACCAAGAAACAGAUCCUGGACCUGGUGAUCCUGGAACAGUUCCUGACUAUUUUGCCCCAGGAAAUGCAGUGCUGGAUCAGAAUGUGGGCACCAUCCUUGAAGAAAGAAGCGACAUUCCCUGAGACGGAAGGAGCUUCCUUGGUGCAAGGGCAGAGGGUACAGUCUCAGGAGUGUAAUGGAGAUGACCUCUCCUGGGGAUUUAGUAAAUAUGUUAAGAACUUGUUGAGUGUACACAGGGUGAGGCUUCACCCCCCUGGGCAGGGGGUGCAUGAAACAGGGAACAAGCAAGCAAACCCCCUUCCUUCUUUCUUUGUCUCAAUAAAAGGCAGUGAAGAGAUGCUGUUGAGCCAUCCUCUUUUCAGAGAUGUGGAAACGGCUGCUGCAACUACAAUCCAGUGUCCCUUUUCCUUUGAGGAGGUGUCCAUCAAUUUCACUGAGGCAGAGUGGGCCCUGCUGGAUCCAGGCCAAAGAGCUCUGUACAGGGAAGUCAUGCUGGAGAACUAUGGGAAUCUGGCCUUUCUGGCAAAAGAAGCCAGAAGUAUAAUAGAGACUUUGAUGGACACAAACAAUAGCCUUGCACUCAAAGAAAGGCUGGAGAGUUCCUCAAGAGGCUCACAAAAGCAUAUUUCCUUCCCAGAUGAGCUCACUGAAGAGGAUGAUCAGAGGAAUGAGGAGAGUGAGGAACUUCAUCAGCAAAUGCCAGAUAGAGUUGAAAAUGAAGACUUGAAAGAAAAUGUCAUCGGUCGAGGCAGACUUAACAGAAAGAAAGGAAGCCGUAUGGUUGAGAAGAGAGAUAAAACACAGCAUAAUGUACAUUUCCAACAACACAAGAUAAUGAAGCCAAGGAAAUCCAUUCAGUGUGGAAAGUACUUCAGAAAGAAAUCACUGCUCCUUGUGCAACGAAGAAUACACAGAGAUAAAAAACCUUUUGAAUGUUCAGAGUGCAGAAAGAGAUUUAGUCAGAGUGGCCAUCUUCAACAGCAUCAGAGAACCCACACCGGGGAGAAACCAUUUGAAUGCUCAGUGUGUGGAAAGAAAUUCAGCUGGAGUGCUGCUCUUCAGAUGCACCAAAGAACCCACACAGGGGAGAAACCUUUUGAAUGCUCACUGUGUGGAAAGAGAUUCAGUCAGAGUGGCAUACUUCAACGGCAUCAAAGAACCCACACAGGGGAGAAACCUUUUGAGUGCUCACUGUGUGGAAAGAGAUUCAGUCAGAGUGGCAUACUUAAACGGCAUCAAAGAACCCACACAGGGGAGAAACCUUUUGAAUGCUCAAAGUGCGGAAAUAGAUUCAGAUUGAGUAGCCAUCUUCAAAAGCAUCUGAAAAUCCAUACUGGGGAGAAACCUUUGGAAUGCACAGAGUGUGGAAAGAUAUUCAGUCAGAGUGGCACUCUUCAACUGCACCUAAGAAUUCAUACAGGAGAGAAACCUUUUCAAUGCUUACAGUGUGGAAAGAGUUUCAGUGUGAGGGGGAAUCUGCAAAAGCAUCAGAGAACUCAUACAGGAGAGAAACCUUUUGAAUGUUCAGUGUGUGGAAAAAGAUUUAGUGUGAGGGGGAAUCUGCAAAAGCAUCUGAGAACCCACACAGGGGAGAAACCUUUUGAAUGUUCAGUGUGUAGAAAGAGAUUUAGUCAGAGUGGCACUCUUCAAUUGCAUCAAAGAACUCAUACAGGAGAGAAACCUUUUCAAUGCUUGGAGUGUGGAAAGAGGUUCAGUGCCAAUGGGAAUCUUCAACUGCACCAGAGAACCCACACAGGAGAGAAACCUUUUGAAUGCCCAAUGUGUGGGAAAAGAUUCAGUGUGAGUGGGAAUCUUAGGAAGCAUCAGAGAAUGCACACAAUGGAGAAACCUUUUGAAUGCUCACAGUGUGGAAAAAAAUUCAGUGAGAGGGUGGGUCUUCAGCAGCACCAAAGAAUCCAUACAGGGGAGAAACCUUUGGAAUGCUCAGUGUGUGGAAUGAGAUUUAGACAGAGUGGCACUCUUCAGCGACAUCAGAGAACCCACACAGGUGAGAAACCUUUUGAAUGCUCAGAAUGUGGAAAUAGAUUCAGUUGGAGUCGCACUCUUCAACAGCACCAGAAAACCCACACAGGGGAAAAACCUUUUAAAUGCUUAGAGUGUGGAAAGAGAUUCAGUCAAAGCGGCACUCUUCAACGGCAUCAGAGAACCCACACAGGGGAGAAACCUUUUGAAUGCUUAAGGUGUGGAAAGAGAUUCAGUGAGAAUUGCACUCUUCAGUUUCAUCAAAGAACGCACACAGGGGAGAAACCUUUUGAAUGCUUAGAGUGUGGAAAGAAAUUCAGUAGUACGAGCAAUCUUCAACUGCACCAAAGAACCCACACAGGGGAAAAACCUUUUGCAUGCUUAGAGUGUGGGAAGAGAUUCAGACAGAGUUGCAAUCUUCAACUGCACCAAAGAAUCCACACAGGGGAGAAACCUUUUGAAUGCUCAGAGUGUGGGAAAAAAUUCAGUCAGCGUUGUAGUCUUCAGCAGCAUCUAAGAACCCAUACAGGUGAGAAACCUUUUGAAUGCUCAGAGUGUGGGAAGAGAUUCAGUGUGAGGGGGAAUCUUCAAAAGCAUCAGAGAAUCCACACAGGGGAGAAACCUUUUGAAUGCUCAGUGUGUGGAAGGAGAUUCAAUGAGUGUCGAGAUCUUCAACGGCAUCUAAGAAUCCACACAGGGGAGAAGCCUUUUGAAUGUUCAGUAUGUAGAAAGAGAUUUACUCUGAAUUCCACUCUUCAGCGGCAUCAAAGAACCCACAGUAAGGAGAAAUCUUUGGAAUGCUCACAGUGUGGAAAAAAUCAAAGAAUCCUUAAAGAGAAGAACAAUUUUGAAUGCUCAGAAUAUGGGGAGAGAUUCAAUAUGUCUUCCAGUCUUCAAAAAUAUCUAAGAACCAAAACACUGGUGAAACCUUUUUACUGCUUGGAGUUUGGAAAGAGCUUCUGUCCCAGCUGCAUUCUUUCAGCAGCAUAUAAGAACUGCAGAGGAAAGAAACCUUUUAAAUGCUCAGAAUGUUGA